CUGAAAAUGCGUGCGGCCAUAUUGCUUUAGCAUAAAUUCGUGGCUGUUUGUUUACGCUGUGAAGUGCACAUUUGUCUUUCUCUCAGUUUGUGUCGAAGUUUAAUCGUGAGAAUGAGCGGAGGCACGCCGUAUAUCGGCAGUAAGAUCAGUUUGACCAGUAAAGCGGAGAUCAGAUAUGAAGGCAUCCUAUACACUAUCGAUACCGAGAACUCAACUGUCGCGCUCGCCAAAGUACGCUCCUUUGGCACGGAGGACCGCCCCACAGACCGCCCCAUCGCACCCAGGGAUGAGAUUUUUGAGUACAUUAUUUUCAGAGGAAGUGACAUCAAAGAUCUGACGGUGUGUGAACCUCCCAAACCACCAUGCUCUCUGCCUCAGGACCCUGCCAUCGUUCAGUCUUCUAUGGGACCUUCCACUGCUCCGCCAUCAUCCUUCCAGUCGGGAAACUCAUACGGGCUCUUCAACCAGCCACCUGUCACCGCAUACAGUCGGUUUGACCCCAAUCCAUUGGUCACACCACAGUUUGGGGCUGUAGGAGUUGGAAGUUCAAUGGGCUUGUUUGGUAGUGACAUGAGCAUGAUGGCAGCUCUGUCUCAGGGCACUGCUUUCACCAGUGCAUUCGGAAAGGAAGGUCACACCAGCCCAGAUGUGGACCUCCUGCGAAAGACCCCUCCAGUGGAACCUGCUGCCCCAUCAGCCCCUGCACCCACCCCCAUUGUACCCUCAGCGGUGGGCCGCAAGAGCCCCGUGUCCACUCGCCCAGCUUCCACCAACACGCAGAAACCGGUUGACCUCUUGGAGCAAAGGAGGGGCACCGAUGGCCCCAAACCAAGCACUCCAGAGUCCAGUCAGCCCAGAGGUGGAAACAGAGACCCUUCUAAACGUCCUGCAGCCCCUGGUCCUCCUGCCGCUCGGCGAGGUCAUGCUGGCGGUCAUCGCGGGAGAGGACGCUACCCCAUCAGGAGAGAAGAACCAAUGAAGUUUGAGAAAGACUUUGACUUUGAGAGCGCUAAUGCUCAGUUUAAUAAAGAGGAGAUUGACAUUGAGUUCCAGAGUAAACUCAAACUGAAAGAUGAGAGGUCUGAUAAAGCGUUGAACGGUGAGGAUAAGGGCGAUUCAGGAGUGGACACUCAGAACAGUGAAGGAAAUGUGGAUGAAGAAGAUCCUCUCAGACCAAACUGUUACUACGACAAAUCCAAAUCCUUCUUUGACAACAUCUCCUGUGAUGACAUGAGGAAGGCGGCCGAAAGGUCUGGAGGGUCAGGUUUCCCCCGUGAAAGGAGGCAAACAUGGGCGGAGGAGCGGCGGAUGAACUCCGAGACAUUCGGUAUCCCGUUUCGACGUGGUCGAGGUGGCUACAGAGGUCGCGGAGGCAUGGGAUUCCGAGGGGGCCGGGUGCGCGGGGCAGGCCGAGGGUCGUACGGGUCAUACGGUGGUGGGUUCAGAGGAGCGUAUAGAGGAAGUCAAGGAGGAAGAGAAUUUGCAGAGUAUGACUACAGGAAGGAUAACAAAGUAGCUGCGUAGUGGUCACCGCAGGUGGAUUCCGAAGACCUGGUUUGUUUGGAAAAUACAUUAUGGCUGACACAUUUCAAUGAGAAAGAGAAGAUUAUGUAUGUAUGUGUAUAAAUCUGUCACCAGCACUGGGGUUCAACUGCUUGAAACCUGGAUGUAAAUGAAAAAAAUGCAAUUUUUUCAUUGUUUACUUGAGUAUAUUUCUCGCUGGUUUCAAUUAUGUUAUGAUUUCUCAGUUUUUCCCCAUGCUUAUCGUGUACAGUUCACAUGUUAUUUUGAUCACUUAAGGAAUUGAUUAUAGUUUUUUGCAUCUUAUUUACAGAACAGCAAACAGGCUACUUUGAUGGCAGUUAAAUUUAGAACAGUUCCAGAAUUUUCUACACAAAUUUAUUUUCAAAUUUCCAGUUUCAUUCAUUUUCCCCAGCUGUUUUGGUACGCGAGUUAUAAUUUCUUGUGCGAGGUCUGAAGUUUAUCUUAAGAUUUGCCAAGCUGUUUAUACAGAUAGUUGUAGGCAUGUGUCAGUAUUGCAAAACAUUUUCUGAAAGAUUUUUUUUACAUAAAAUGGAUAAAGACUUUGCUACGUUUGGAGGAAAAUUUUAAUUUUCAAGUUUGGGAUAGCACAAAUUAAACUUAAAUAACAUGAAAGGGUCCCACUUAUGCAAAGUGACCUCAGUGAUCAGGUUUAUAUAUUAUAUGAAUUUAUGGUGUACACUUUGAUAUACGUAGCACUUUGUAGCAGACAUUUGCUUAUGAUUAAAUGUCCAAUCUUUAUUAAGAAAAUAAUGCUACUUUGUGUGACUAUGGAAAUCAAUGCUGCAGUUACUCAGAUAUAUGGAUUCUUAAGCUUUUAUCACGUCUUGUUUGGCUAUCAUGGAAAAUUUGGGUAUACCUUCUUCAUAACAGCUUUCUUGCAACAAUUUUACAGUGUUCACACCGAUCUAGGGGAUCAAGUUUGCAAUUCUCUGCUAGGUUUAUGUAUUUGUACAAGAUGUUAAAGAACCUGAUCAGCGGCACUGCUUCUCCAGUGAAUAAGAGCGAAUGUGUUGUGCACUAUAAUACAGACGUCUGUUUUCUUUAGCUUGUCCAUCUUAUCCAGCUACUGUGUUUAUGAUCUUUAGUUUCCGGUGUAGAUCUUCUAGGUAAAGGCAUGUGAGAUCAAUGACUGCAAAAGCAUGUUGCUGCGAUGACCUCAUGCUCCUUUAUGUGCAUACUGUAAUGUCUUUAUAUGUUGGGUUUCAUCUUUUUUUUGUCCUUAGUUAGAGGUUUAAGAAAGGUGGAGUUUUUAGGUGGCCAGUAUGUUUUGGAUGUGGUUGUUGUGGGCAUCUCAACAAUGUGUUUUCUUUCAUAACUGUUGGCAAAUUUGGGAAGGUUGGUUAUACAAUAAACUUUGAUUCAAAAUUA